UAUCUGUGGUUGCAGAUGUCUCUCUUGCCUAUGUUUGGCAGUCGGAGUCGCUGUGUUGUGAGAUUUGUUUAUGUUGGAGCUGCAGAGCCUUCCACUGCUUCCAGCAUGAACCCGUCCGGCUCUGACUGCUUCUAUGGGGCCGUUAUAUCUGCCCGGUCUGCUUUCCUGCCCCCGAUCAGUGACAGCGGGGAAGACUCGCUGGACACUUUGCUCACACGUCUCCCUCUCACACCAUCUCUGUCUCCUCGAAAACGUACAACCAGCCAGAGCAAGACCGAACCGCCAUUACUGCGCACCAGCAAGAGGACCAUUUACACCGCCGGGCGCCCACCCUGGUACAAUGAGUCUGGCACACCUUUCAAGGAGGCCUUCGUUAUCGGUCUGUGCGGCGGCAGUGCGUCUGGGAAGACUACGGUAGCCAAUAAAAUAAUUGAAGCCCUGGAUGUGCCCUGGGUGGUCCUUCUGUCCAUGGACUCCUUCUAUAAGAUCCUCAGUAAGGAGGAGCAGGAAUUGGCCGCCAGGAACGAGUAUAAUUUCGAUCACCCCGAUGCGUUUGACUUUGAUCUUUUGGUGAAUGUGCUGAGGAAGCUGAAGAAGGGGAAGAGUGUGAAGGUGCCGGUCUAUGAUUUCACCACUCACAGCCGCAGGAAGGAUUGGAAAACCGUGUAUGGCGCCAACGUUGUCAUAUUCGAAGGCAUCCUGUCAUUUGCCAACAAGGAGCUCUUGAAGCUGCUGGACAUGAAGGUGUUUGUGGAUACGGACUCUGACAUUCGGCUAGUCCGUCGGCUGAAGCGGGACAUCAUGGAGCGGGGGCGUGACAUUGUGGGGGUCAUUAAGCAGUAUAAUAAGUAUGUGAAGCCAGCGUUUGAGCAGUACAUCGAGCCCACUGUGCAGCUGGCAGACAUUGUGGUGCCGAGAGGUGGGGAGAACUUUGUGGCUCUGGACCUCAUUGUUCAGCACGUUCACAGUCAGCUAGAGAAGAGGAUGCAGCGUUGGGACAUGGCAGCUCUGGCCUCCGCCCACCAGGGGCAGCCUCUUCCCGAAACCCUAAGUGUCCUCCAGAAAACGCCUCAAGUGCGCGGAAUGCACACCAUCAUCAGGAACAAAGACACCAACCGAGAUGAGUUCAUCUUCUACUCCAAACGCCUAAUGCGUCUUCUCAUUGAGCACGCUCUCUCCUUCCUACCUCUUAAUCUGGUGACGGUGGAGACCCCGCAGGGCACCACGUAUCACGGGAAGAGGUUCCAUCGUCAGAGGAUCACAGGGGUGUCCAUCCUCCGGGCCGGGGAGACCAUGGAACAGGCUCUGACCGCAGUGUGUAAAGACAUUCGCCUGGGCAAAAUCCUCAUCCAGACCAAUCACAACACAGGAGAGCCCGAGCUCCAUUACCUGCGACUGCCCAAGGAGAUCAGUGAAGAUUAUGUCAUUCUGAUGGACAGCACGGUGUCCACGGGGGCCGCGGCGAUGAUGGCAAUCCGAGUUCUUCUGGAUCACGACGUACAGGAGGAGAAGAUCUUCUUACUCUCACUGCUGAUGGCGGAGAUGGGAGUACACUCGGUGGCGUACGCCUUCCCGCGAGUGCGAAUCAUCACCACCGCUGUGGAUAAACGCGUCAACCAGGAAUUCCACAUCAUCCCGGGCAUCGGUAAUUUCGGGGACCGCUUCUUCGGCACAGACACUCCGUCUGAAUGGUGUGACAGUGAAGAGUGUGAAAUGGACUAUUGAGCGCAGAAGCAGGGCAGUCCGUACCCCCCGCCACCCUCCAGGCUCGCCCUGUGCUUCACCCUUAUUUAUUACUCUGCUUGACUUCUCCUGGAGAAUCUUGAAGCUGGAGCGGAGAGGACAGAAAUACCAGAACCGUCAUGCCGUGGGCCUUUUAUGUGGUCGGAACCUUCAUAACAUCGGCUUUAAAGAGAACCUGUCAAAUGAAUGCCUGUAAUAGCUGAGGCUGCCAUCCUGAAAGAGGUGCCCAUUGACUCCUGGAAGUGGUGUCAGGUUCAGGGCUAUAGAGUGAUGCUGUGCUAUGGG